ACAGCUGCACUGAGUCUUAAGAAAGUCCUCGAUUCCGCCCUGAUUCUGCCUCUUAUGAAGCAAUCGUGGAGAGGAAAAACAAAACCCAUUCCUUUAAGAAAGAUUCCGCCUCCUCUCUUCUGAGGCAGCCCCUCAUGGUAAUUGUGGAGUCUGCACGAAGUCACACACUUUACUACUCGCUGCUGCCGCCGCCGCGGGUCCGAGGCUGCAGCGGGCUCGGCGCAGCACUGCAGAACCCACACCGAGGAGGACGCGCACACGUCCACGGCCCGCACCCGGGAAGCGUGGAUCGUCUGCGGAGAACAAGACGUAAAACAUGAGUUCAGAUGCCAGCCAAGCUGUGAUCACCACUCCGCCUCCUCCCAGCAUACCGCACAAAGAGAGAUAUUUUGACCGUAUCAAUGAAAAUGACCCAGAAUACAUUCGAGAGAGGAACAUGUCUCCUGAUCUACGACAAGACUUCAAUAUGAUGGAGCAGAGGAAACGAGUCACUCAGAUUCUGCAGAGUCCUGCCUUCCGGGAAGACCUGGAAUGCCUUAUUCAAGAGCAGAUGAAGAAAGGCCACAAUCCAGCUGGAUUACUUGCAUUACAACAGAUUGCAGAUUAUGUUAUGGCCAAUUCUUUCUCUGGAUUUUCUUCACCUCCCCUGAGUCUUGGCAUGGUCACACCUAUCAAUGACCUUCCUGGUGCAGAUACGUCCUCAUACGUGAAGGGAGAAAAACUUACUCGCUGUAAACUUGCCAGCCUGUACAGGCUUGCAGAUUUGUUUGGAUGGGCACACCUUGCAAAUACAUAUAUCUCAGUAAGAAUAAGUAAGGAGCAAGACCACAUUAUAAUAAUUCCUAGAGGCCUUUCUUUUUCUGAAGCCACAGCCUCCAAUUUGGUAAAAGUCAAUAUAAUAGGAGAAGUGGUUGACCAGGGAAGUACUAACUUGAAAAUUGACCAUACGGGAUUCAGCCCCCAUGCUGCGAUCUACUCAACACGUCCUGAUGUGAAAUGUGUGGUACAUAUCCAUACCCUCGCUACAGCAGCUGUGUCGUCCAUGAAGUGUGGAAUUCUUCCAAUUUCUCAAGAGUCCCUUAUUCUUGGAGAGGUUGCCUAUUAUGACUACCAGGGGUCACUUGAUGAACAGGAAGAAAGAAUUGAACUGCAGAAAGUUCUGGGGCCAAGUUGUAAGGUGCUGGUGCUCAGGAAUCAUGGCGUAGUAGCACUUGGAGAAACACUUGAGGAGGCUUUUCAUUACAUAUUUAAUGUGCAGAUGGCCUGUGAGAUUCAGGUGCGGGCGAUAGCUGGGGCAGGUGGAGUGGACAAUCUACUUGUGCUGGAUCUUCAGAAGUAUAAAGCUUCCACUUAUGGUGUGGCAGUAUCUGGAGGAGGGGGUGUUAAUAUGGGUUCCCAUCAGAAAUGGAAGAUUGGCGAGAUUGAGUUUGAAGGGCUGAUGAGGACUCUGGACAAUCUGGGGUACAGAACAGGCUAUGCAUACAGGCAUCCUCUCAUUCGUGAGAAGCCUAGGCACAAGAGUGAUGUGGAAAUCCCAGCAACUGUGACUGCUUUUUCCUUUGAAGAUGAUACAGUGCCACUUUCUCCUCUCAAGUACAUGGCUCAGAGACAGCAGCGUGAAAAAACAAGAUGGCUAAACUCUCCAAAUACUUACAUGAAAGUUAAUGUGCCCGAGGAAUCUCGGAACGGGGAAACUAGUCCCAGGACCAAGAUCACAUGGAUGAAAGCAGAAGACUCCUCUAAAGUUAGUAGUGGAACACCUAUCAAAAUUGAAGAUCCCAACCAGUUUGUUCCUUUAAACACAAACCCAAGUGAGGUGCUAGAAAAAAGAAAUAAGAUUCGGGAACAAAACCGAUAUGACUUGAAGACGGCAGGCCCACAGUCUCAGCUGCUGGCUGGAAUUGUUGUGGAAAAGCCUCCUUCUACCAUGCAGUUUGAAGAUGAUGAUCAAGGCCCACCAGCUCCUCCUAACCCAUUCAGUCAUUUCACAGAAGGAGAACUUGAAGACUACAAGAAGACAAUCGAAAGAAAGCAGCAAGGCCUGGAAGAUGCUGAGCAAGAAUUACUCUCAGAUGACGCUUCAUCUGUUUCACAAAUUCAGUCUCAAACUCAGUCACCGCACAAUGUCCCUGAAGACUCAGAAGAAAACCAUGAGCUGUUUUCCAAGAGCUUCAUGUCCAUGGAAGUGCCUGUCAUGGUAGUGAAUGGCAAAGAUGAUAUGCAUGAUGUUGAAGAUGAGCUUGCAAAGCGAGUGAGUAGAUUAACUACAAGCACAACCAUAGAAAACAUCGAGAUUACCAUUAAAUCUCCAGAAAAAAUUGAAGAAGUCCUGUCACCUGAUGGCUCACCUUCAAAAUCGCCAUCCAAGAAAAAGAAGAAAUUCCGCACUCCUUCUUUUCUGAAGAAAAACAAAAAAAAGGAGAAAGUUGAAGCCUAAGGAGUCUUUUUGUAACUUUAUUAUAUUGUGACAUUGCACAUUGACAUACCACAUUUAAGUUGAUCAUUAAAUUCACAGUGGUAGAUCAGAUUGAGGGUGUGUAGCAAACUGGACUUUAAAAACUGGAAAGAGGUUUUACUAAAAGAAAAACAUAUUAUGAAAAAGAGUUUUCAAAUUCAUCUCUCGUUUUAUAUGUCCAAAACUGGCUAUGACUUUUUAAAACAUUUGCUAGUUUUAAUUAGUUCUGCCCUCAUGAAGUAGCAUUAGAGUCUGUCACUAACAGAUACCUGUCUGUAUACUUCAGACCCUCUCCAUCAUAUCUGUUAGAAAGAAUUGUCUGAGAAUGUGAGACUUUAGUUCACCACCUGCCUCACUUGGCAGUCAGACUAUGAUUUUUGUCAUGGUUACUGACUGUGUCUUUUGGGUCACCAGUGUUUCAGUGGGCAUUAGUAAAAUGCUUUAAAAGUUUCUAAGACAAGAAUCUAUAGCAUUAGUAUACACUGGCACAUAAUUUUUUUAAAGUUUUGAGAAAAAAAUUGUUUGGAAUUUUAUUCAUAGUAUAAAAUUCCCUCACCUGAAGUAACUUUGUUUGCCAAAAAGAAGUCAUUUUAAAAAAAAACUAUAAUUUUUGAAAACUUCCUUUUUUAUUAGUUUAGAAAGCCCCUUAUUUUUCACAAAGGGGAUUUUGUACACAUAAUUUAGUUUAACUCUGGCAGAAACAAUUUUUGUAUGUUGAAAUGUUUGUAUACCUUUCAGUAUAAGAGUGUCAUAUGCAUAUUAGCCAAUCAUUUAACAAUAGAGCAUAUUUGUGGCUGCUUGGUACUGAGUCUGACUCAAGAAUCCAGGGACUUGGCAUCAAAAAGGCAUAUAAAGGUAUAUCUAGAUUCAUAUUUGAGCCUUAUAAUGUCUUUUUCUCUUAGUAUCACUAAUGACUGGCGAGUAUCUCUGAGGUAACCAGUGAAAAGAUAACGAGAGAAAGGGAAAGGAAAAAGUAAGGGGCCAGAAGAAGUGAUAUGAAAAGAAUUCUGGCUUAUUCACAACAGGGACAAAAAGUUUGAUUUGUUGAAAACAUGUCCCAGAUCUCUAAAGCCCUGUUUCUCUGCCAAAAAUCAAUGUCUUGGUUGGUAUUUGAGUUUUAAAAGGACCAAAUCCUUCUAACUUAAAUAUUUUUAGCGGGCAGCACCAGAAGACUUCAGCAGAUAUAAUCCCACCAGUGAGAAAACUACCACUUCUUGAUUUUUUUUUCAAACUUAAAAAAAAAUAAUUUCAGUUGACUUUCUUUCUCAUGUAAAUACAAAUUUAAAUCUAGGCUUUAUCUAAUUUUCUCCCUUUUCCCAAGUGACGUCACAAAUCAAUGUAAAGUCAGUGAUCCAAAAUGGUCAGUGGGUAAAAAUAAACACAAGUGUUCUGAGGGGAGUUGGCAUGCAAAAACUUCCAUUGAUUACAGUGUACUCUGGGCUGGUUCUGUGUGUAUGUGUGAGUGUGUGUGUGUGUAUGAUGCUGCAAAGUGAAAGGGCGCCUGGGAAUGUCAUUCUAGAUCUCACUAACUACUGGAAUCAGUGUUCUAGCAUAGUGGAAAUCUUCCAUUGCUUAACUGUGGACUAGGAUUUUAUUUUUAUGUUCUACAUCUACAAUAUAUGUGGAAACAGUAACCUGUGAACUAUGCUUUUCCAUACUUUUAAAAAAUAUAUAUAUCUAAAUGUGCAUAAAUAUUUUUUAAGCGCAACAGUAAACUAUUGCACCUUUUGCUAAUGCCUCUAUUUACUUGCUUUGGCAUAAUGAAUGAGCCAAUGAACCUGUGUCCUGUGGAAAAUGUAUAAAAGUUAUCUGAUAUUGCUCUUAGAUGUUAUGCUAAUUAAUGUUAAAUCACAAAUAAACAGUAUUUUAAAUAUA